GCUGCGACUCGAGUAACAUACACAUACCCCUCGCUUUCUACUGCCUUGCCUUUACGCCGACCUCUAUCGACAUCCUGUCGUAUCCGUCAAGAUGUCUGAGGAGAAAAGUAAAGGCAUUUCGCUCCGCAAGAAGCGGACGCCGCGGCCCAAGGGCCCGAUGCCUACAAUCAGUGCUCCGCGGCAGAUCAGUGCUCCUAUGCCUGCUGGGCUCGCGGCUACGCAAUCAAGUUCACGGCGACCUUCACAAGAAUCAUCGAGAUCCACAGCUUCAAAAAAGCUAGAUGCUCCAAGGGAAAGGCCGCAGCGAGCGGACAGGACGGCGGAUUUGGUCAAGAGGAGAUACUCGCAGAAGAUCACGCAGGUGCCCGCCGAUUUUGGAAAUGGAGCCCCUAUGCCAGCAAUGCCGCAGAUGCCGGCUCAGUAUAAGAAUGGACCGCCGCCUAGGGACGGGAGACCAGCUGGAAGCUCGGAGAGCCGUGUGCGCGUUGAUCCGAAAGUACUCCAGGAUCCCAACUUGAGACCUGAGCAAUAUGUGGCAACGAUAUUAGCUGAUGCCUCUGAGGAGGACAUUCGCCGCUUCCAGGAUGACCUCCGGAAAGUCAAGCAUCGGACCUCUGCCGACCUUCAAAACAAUGUAUAUCAGAAUCGUACGCAGUUUAUCAAGAUCAGUAAAGAGGCAGAGAAACUCAAGACGGAGAUGCGUACGCUCCGUCAGCUAAUGUCUGAGCUUACAAGUACACUGGGACAAACAACGUCUGCUGCAGGCGCCAGCGGCGACAAUCUUACCGCGAGGAAAGCAUCAAACCGGAGUUCGGUUGCCAAUCUGGAGGCGCUCUGGAGCUCUCAUCUCCAGGAGUUGUGGAAGCGAGUGGAGGGAUCGCAGAAGUACCUUCCAGCCAUUCCAGGUCGACAUAUUGUUUGGGAAUCCGGGAGGUGGGUCGAGUUGAAUGCCGCCACCUGGAAAGCGAGAAGACGAGUGCAUCUGAUAUUGCUGAACGAUCAUUUGCUAGUCGCUGCCGAAAAGAAACAGCGUGCUGAUGUUCCCGGACAAGGUCCUCGAGACAAGAAGAGCGCGGGCAAGGAGUGGGUAGCGCAGCGAUGCUGGCCACUGCAAGACGUUCAAAUUGCGGACCUUUCCUCUCGGUCCAAAUCAGGAAACCAAGGAGCCUCGAAUGCGAUUAACAUCCGUGUUGGGGCAGAGUCAUUCACAUUUGCAGUCUACCAAGGAGAUGCGAGUGAGAAAUCAACCUUCCUGUCUACGUACCGAAAGUCUCUCGAAGAUCUGCGAAAGAGCACGGAAGCUGAAAUUGAGGAACGCGGGCGUGCCCAGGAUUCCGUCAACUAUUUCGCCACUCGCGAUGUGAACAUCUUGAAGAAUCAAGAUUUGAUGGACAGCAUUUCAGAAACGGUCAACAGCAACCGUGCAAGCAUCUUCGUCAAUGUUGACGGAAAGCAGCAACCCAUCCGUUGGGUAGAGAGCCAAUUGGACGAUCUCGACAUCGACAUUGCACUUCAGAAUUUCGAGGAAGCUGUGAAAAAGGUCGAAAAGCUAAAGUCCGUGGCUAGAGGCAUUAGAAACGACCCUAUGUCCCAAGGAAUUGUGACAUUCAAACUGAAUGAUCGAGCCGGAAAAUUGGCAACAGUGUUGAUGAAGCAGAUGGUGGAGAACAACAACUGGAUAUCCUCUGUGAAAAAACACGUUACAUGGAUAGUCCGCCUCGGCUUCGAGGACCGGGCCAGAGAAGCGUACCUCCAGGCAAGAGGUGAGGUCAUUAAACUGCGGACUCGGCAAUGCGUUUUCGAGGGUAAUCUCCCCGAAUACAUAUUCCAAAUCGCGUUCAUCUAUUUUACCAUUAUCAAGAAUACGGUCGAUAUAUAUCAGAAAUGCUUCCCACAGCACCUCAUGUCAGCGUGCGUCAAAUGGGCAAAGGAGAACGUAGAUGCCUUUAACGUCAUCUUGGGACGUCAAUUGAGCAGCGUAGAGCAGGGUGGCAAGGUUUGGACAGAGUGCAUGGAGUUGGCACACGAACACGCUGGCAUGCUGACAGAGGUUGGCUUGGAUUUCAAGGAUAUGGUCGGGAACUUCGAGCAUGAGGAAGCUAAAGAGUCAAAGCCGGUAGGACUAGGUGUGAGCACUUAAAGAGAGAGAUUAGUGUAGUAAACAAUUCUAUGAAUACGUCGAUCAUUUC